UUCUACACGCCCAGUUUGUGUUUUAUUCAAUAUCGAAUAAUCGGUAAAUUCGUACGUUCAUAAGUAUUUGUCUGUGCGGUUGUCGUUGAAAUUUUAUUGAAAUUUUUGACCUCGCGACGCUUGAAAAUGAUUGCUGUGUUGCUGAUGAUCAGCAGCUUUUUGGGGCUCAACUCCGCCUCGCCAAUAGCCAAUUAUUGGCUGACUCCUCUAGCAUCGUUGAAUCAGUAUCACACUCAAGAUGCUUCGGGAUCGUACCGAUACGGAUAUACCGGACCUCAUCAUGCGAAGAUGGAAACGAGAACGAACGGAGUCACGCAGGGUGGUUAUUCGUACAUCGAUGCGAAUGGGAUUCUCCAAACGGUGGCUUAUUCGGCAGACCCGGAGAAAGGCUUCCGCGUGAGGGCGAGUAAUUUACCGAAAGAUCCGGAGAGUCCAGUCCAGCCGAUGAGUGAAACGCCCGAAGUGGCAGCAGCUCGAAAACGACACCUCGAGGAGUUGGAGAAAAUAUCAGCCGAAAACCUGUCGCAAGUUUCCACGGAAAAUGCCUUCUACAGAGACCACAAUAAAAAGCAGGUUCAACGCGACACCGUCGAGAAAGCACUGUCCGGAGGGGAAGAUCCGACCGGAAGCGACUCGAAGAAUCCGUUUUUAUUGAGCGGUUUGGAAGCCUCGAGAAUCGAGAUUCCCAAGCCUGAUCCAAGUUUAUUGAAAAUCGAGGGCAACCGGAGAGACGCCAGCUCACAGAACGAAAAUUAUCAUCAGAAUACGAAUUACCAGAACCUCGAGGGCUCGACGAGCGUCGUCCCCCUGCCGAGUCUGCACAGAAGCAUCGUCGCACCAGCGGCUGCCGAUUCUUUCGUCUUGCCGGUCCUCCCGUACAGACUUCUUCACAGUUCUCUUCGCCACACUCAAGACUCGCUGGGCCAAUACGAUUACAGUUACGUGGGCGACACCAGUUCGAAAACGGAAUCCCGAUCGCUCGACGGCACGACGAGGGGCGCUUACAGUUACGUCGACGCCAACGGUUUGUUACAACAAGUACACUACAUCGCCGAUCACAAUGGAUUCCGAGUUCUAGCUACCAAUUUACCUGAAGCUUGAGUCCUCCCAUUUUCUCCAAGUUCCACGACCGUUAACGAGAGCUUUUUCUUCGCCUAAUAUUUUUUCACGAGUUCUUUUUCCCUUACCCGCAUCGUUAUUUAGGGCCGCAGGGCUUUUCCUCAGCGACCACUCUCCGACCAGCUUCGAGCGGUUCAAUUGACCGGGAAAAUCCAUCGCCAAUUUGAGUCGAACUUGCGUAAAGGAUCGAGUGAAAACGACGAUCCAACCUCCCGUCGAGCCAUUGAAUGGUUCCUCCAAUUUCGAGUGUUCGAAUCCCACGCGGCUGAGAAAAAAAUCCAUAAAAUCCGGAGCGCAUUUCGUAAGGUUUCCCGUCCCGAUUGAACCGCAUCAAGUAUUUUGAUUGGAUUUUUUCCUCUGAAAAAAAAAAGAGAGAGAACAAAAUUAACGAGGCUCGAGUUUCCAAUUUUUUUUCCAAGCCUAACAAAUCACCGCUUUCUGGAAAUUCUUUCCCUACGAAACUAUCCUUCUGUCCCCGAGACCCUUUUCCCGCGAAUUUCGCUCGAGUACGUUCCAUAAAGUAGCCCCGAAUUCGCUUACACGAUUAUUGGAGACGGUACCGACAAUGUUGAGCUCAAAAAGACGACUCUUCGGCUCGAAUGAACGAGGAUCCUUGCCCAUUUACCAUUCGAUGUGACAAUUUUUGUUUGAUCGUUCAGGCACAGACGAAAUCUCGUUGAAUACAAUGACACAUUGUUCGACUGAAUCAUCGCGGAUUAAAAUGCCUUUAAGAGUCGUGUAUACGAGCUCGAUCGGUGCGAACGUACUUGACUCGCAUUCGCAUAAAUUUAUGAACAUUUGCUUUCAUGUCGUAAUCGUAUAUGAUAAUAUUGAAAGGUGUCGUCGUUCGACAUCGUCCUCCGUGCAUUGUACGAGCAUUAUCGCAUUCCCACCUCGACGUUAUACACAUGCAUUUAUGCAUAAAUACAAGUUUGUGUGUGUAUUUUCAUGUGUGCCGGAAAUAUCAUUAGCAGCAAUACCAAGUUAAUGUAAUAAUGCGACGUUGAAUAAUAAAACAAUGAACAUUUUUUAUUUUA